CCCAAAGCUACAGAGUGGCAGUGCUGAGCUUUGAGCGCAGUCCUAACCCCAGAAACGGCUCCUUUUCAGGCUGUACUAAAAUUGACGUAGAGGGAAACACCGUCUAAAGUUUUGACAAGUUACUUCCGGCACAUGCAUCCCCUGGCGGUCCUUUUUGGCUAAGCGGCCCUCUGAGGUCAACUGCAUCUCCGGACUUGUACAACACAAUAAGUCAAUACUCUGAAGAGACGUGGAACGGGCAGAAUAAACUGAAAACACCCCAGGCGGUUCCAGAAGGAAACCUCCGGCUCCGAAGAAUGGGGCGACCAUGACGCCAAUUAAACGCGUCAGCUCGGCGCGCAGUCGGCAGCCCCGCCCCCUCGCCAUUAGCCCCGCCCACACUCGCGUCCCGCAGCGUUUGCCUCAGGGCUGCGCGUGGGCCCGGCGGCGGUUGCUGUGCUCCCUGCGUUGCUCCGUGGGCAGCGGGAGAAGCUGUAGCGAUUUAACUCAAGAAUUGAAAGAAAUUUUUAAGGCAAAGAUCAACUCAAAGAAGCAAAGAUCACAGAGAAGCAUGUACACUAAAGAACCACAAAAUGAACACUUGGAGGAUGAAAAUGUCCAGUCAUCUACAAUUACUGAGACCCUCAAAGCUGAUGAACAUGAAGAAACUAAGGAAACCAUCUUGCCAGAAACAGAGGAAACAAAAUCACAGAUAGAAGAGAAGGUUUUUUGUCCUUCACUGAAUAGAGCUAUUACAAGUGGAAGUAUACUUUUUAUGAUAUGGUGUGUAGCCUGGGUAUUCUCAGGCCCUGAAGUUCUUCCUAAUGGAGGUUUAUUUGGACUGUUAAUUAUCUUUUAUUGUGCCCUUAUUGGGGGGAAACUUUUGGAAAUCAUUAAAAUACCUUCAGUGCCUAAAAUUCCUCCUCUCCUUGGGAUGUUACUGGCUGGUUUUGUCGUUAGGAAUGUUCCAUUCCUCAGUGAUGUCACCUAUAUUAGUAAUGAACUGUCUUCAACUUUAAGAAAUACUGCCCUUACCAUUAUUCUAGUGCGAGCUGGGCUUGGACUCGAUCCAGAGGCUUUGAAGAAUUUGAAGCGAGUUUGUAUAAGAUUGUCUAUGGGUCCAUGUCUAAUGGAGGCUUGUUCAACUGCUGUUAUUUCCCACUUCCUUAUGAAUUUUCCCUGGAAGUGGGCAUUUCUGUUGGGUUUUGUAGUCGGUGCAGUUUCUCCUGCUGUUGUUGUCCCUUCCAUGCUACGUUUGCAAGAAAAGGGAUAUGGUGUUGAGAAAGGCAUUCCAACCUUAUUAAUAGCUGCCAGCAGUUUGGAUGACAUCGUGUCUAUCUCUGGAUUCAAUGCAUGCUUCAGCAUAGUUUUCUCCUCAGGUAACAUAUCUAAUAACAUCCUAUCCCCUCUUCGGGAUGCAGGUCUUGGUGUGCUUUCAGGAAUUGUUUUGGGAAUGUUUGCUCGACAUUUUCCAAGUAGUGAUCAGGGAAAACUUGAAUUGAAGAGAGCGUUUUUAAUUUUGAGUAUGUGUAUUUCUGCUGUCUUAGGCAGCCAUAAAUUUAAUAUGAACACAGCUGGAGGAUUGUGCACACUAGUAUUGAGUUUCAUUGCAGGGACAGGUUGGUCCAAAGAAAAGGUUAGAGUCCAAAAAAUUAUUGGAAUUGCGUGGGAUAUUUUCCAACCUCUUCUGUUUGGUUUGGUUGGAGCAGAAGUAUCUGUUGCAUCUCUUAAAUCAAAUGCUAUUGGCGUUUCUGUUGGUACCGUGAGUUUGGCAUUAUUGGUUAGAAUUUCUUUUACAUUUAUAUUGAUGUCUUGUGCCGGUUUUAAUUUUAAGGAGAAAAUAUUUAUUGCUUUAUCAUGGAUGCCGAAAGCUACAGUCCAGGCUGUAUUAGGUCCUCUGGCUCUAGAAAAAGCAAGAAUGAGUGCACCCCAUUUGGAAUCAUAUUCGAAGGAUGUGAUGACAGUAGCCUUUUUAUCCAUCUUGAUCACAGCUCCAAAUGGAGCUUUAAUUAUUGGCAUUCUGGGACCUAAACUACUCACUCGCUAUGAUACAAACAAAGUGAAAAUGGAGUUAUCAGGAUCACAACCUCAUUGAAAAGUUGAUUUGCCAUCACUUGCCUGCUUCUCUUAAUGAAUUCUCUUACAUAAGGGAAAAAUUAAAAGGUACACAUACGUGAAGAAUGUACAUAGAAGCAAACCUUUAAUAAAUAUAUGAUUUGACUACA